AUGUCCGCAAAGACGACCGAAAUUAGGGCUGUUUUGGUGGACAAGAGGGCGGAUGAGGUGAUGACGGGUUGGGACUCAUCGGACGUGACACUCAUCGACGACAACACAUUUGAGUGCAACUAUUGUUGCCAUAAAAGCCAUCACUUGUCGGACAUGAGGCGACACAUUGUGGUCACUCACGCCGAAGACCGGCCGUACAAGUGUUCCCGUUGUGACAAUAGCUUCAACGUUGAGGUGAAUCUACGGCUGCAUAACUGUUGUCAACACUAUUCAGCCGAUGAUGGCAUUCCUCCCACUUGUUCCGAGUGUGACAAACACUUUAAGCGAUUGGCGUCUCUUAAGUCACACCUCACUCUUCACCAGAAGGAGGAACUGCUCAGUUGUGGUCAGUGUUCACAGCAAUUCCAGACUCACUAUUAUCUCAAUAAACACCUCAAGAAUGUCCACUUAAAUGCAUUCAAGAGACCUAAUGGCAGAUUCGGCGCCAGAGCUGCUAACUCUAUGGCCAAAAGCCAGUACUCGUGCUCUGUAUGUCACCAGUGGUUCCCAAACACCGCUCAACUCAAAGAACACCAAAAACUUCACUCAAAAAUCAAAUGGUCGCUAAAACACAAGAGCUAUAGGUCUAACAUCGAUAGGACAGGCUUUGCCCACAAGUGUGACACUUGUAAUAAAGCAUUCGCGAAGAACAGUCAACUGAUCCGACACUUGCGGAUACAUACGGGAGAGAAGCCCUUUGUGUGUNAACACAAGAACUAUAGGUCUAACAUCGAUAGGACAGGCUUUGCCCACAAGUGUGACACUUGUAAUAAAGCAUUCGCGAAGAACAGUCAACUGAUCCGACACUUGCGGAUACAUACGGGAGAGAAACCCUUUGUGUGUGAGUUCUGUGGCGCGGCUUUCAAUCAGAAGAACUCGUUAGACAUUCACCGAACCAAACAUACGGGCGAACGUCGAUAUGAGUGCCGCUUCUGUUCCGCACAAUUCAAUCAGAGCGGGAAUAUGAGGUCACAUAUCGAGCGCCUUCACGCCCCUCAGGCCAACACUCCCGCGGAACAGCUCUAUAAGUGCCCGCAUUGUAAUUGUGUCUUCAAAAGAGUCGGAAUACUCAACUGUCAUAUCAGUCGUCGGCAUCCCAUUCAGCACACAAAGAGUCAAAGUGUGGACACUAUUAACGAAUCCAAUUAUGAGUACAGACAGCAGUCGUUGAAUGAUUUAACGAUUCAAAACAAGAGUUCAAUCGACGACCGUUUGGGAGAUCUAUUGAGUAAAGCGUUGGAAAGAAGUGGCGUUAAGUCUAUGGGCAAAGACUCGGCCGACAAACAAAUCGCGCAACUCUUCGAUCCGGCGACCGGUACUCGUCAGCCGCAUAUCGUGCGACGGGUCGGCAAAAUCAGUUACCGUCAGUGCCUUUACUGUCAUAAAGAGUUCAAGAAGUCGAGCGAUUUGGUCCGUCACACGCGAAUCCAUACCCACGACAAGCCUUUCAAGUGUUCGGAAUGUUUUCGUACGUUUCGAGUGAAGGGCACUCUUUCCGCACACGAGAGGACACACGCGGCCAAAGGACUCAAGCCAUACAUCUGUCACACGUGUAAUAAGUCGUUCACAACCGCUCAGGGGUUGAAAGUUCACUCCCGAUUACAUACCGGCGCUCAGCCGUACUCUUGUGUCAAAUGCGAUAAAACAUUCCGAACAUUAGGUCUCUUGAAAUCACAUUUAUUUAGUCAUAAAAGAGCGGUUAAAGCGUCAAAAUCGACGCCAAAAGUCAACACAAACAGUCUAUUGAGAUCCAAACGGUAUAAAGUGAUCGACGAAUCUCUUCUGUCAAACAUUCAAUUGGAAGGACCCGUUAUAGUGAUGACAGCGGGUGAUAGUGAGACCGCCGCCGCCAUUCAAAGGGCCAGACCUGACGGCGGCGACCAAAUGGACGCCAAACGCAAGUAUAAGUGCGAACACUGCGAGAAGGCGUUCAAGAAGUCCUCCCAUUUAACACAACACAAACGCUCGCAUACGGGCGAAAAGCCAUUUCAAUGCGAUAUAUGUUUGCAGCUGUUUGUGGCCAAAGGGAGUCUUAAAAUCCAUUUGCAGACCCACUCGGGAGUCAAACCAUUCAAAUGCAUUGAAUGUCCGUUUGCCUGCUCUACCAAAGGGUCACUCACGCGCCACAUGACUCGGCACAGGGAUGUCAGGCCAUAUAUGUGUCCCUAUUGUCAAAAGACUUUUAAAUCAAGCCUUAACUGCAAGAAACACAUUAAAUUACAUAAGAAUGAGUUCGCACUCCAAUUGAUUAAAGACAUUGUCAACAAAAGACAGCAAAACAUUGUCUUUGAAAAUACUGCAAUCGAUGAAAAUGAACAACAGAUUGAAUAUACAGAAGUUAUCAAUGAAUUACCAAUAAAUGAAAUACACGUUAAUCUAAGCGGUAUUACUGUAGAAGAAGAGGUGUCGAACCACACCAACACUAUUGAACCCGAAGAGCCAUCGAUUGGUAGCAAUUCCAGUGUUCCCAUGAGUGCAGACAAUGUGCGGCCGUAUCGUUGCUCUGUGUGUGGACUUUGCUUCAAACAGUCGUCGCAUUUGAGUCAACACAGUCGGCGACAUACGGGAGAAAAGCUGUUCGCAUGCGAUGUAUGUCUGCGGACUUUUGUCACUCAAAGCGCUCUCAGCACUCAUCGCAACACUCACUCACUUAUUAAGGACUUUUGUUGCGAUGUCUGUCCGGCAAAGUUUGCUUCAAAGAGCUCCGCGCGCCGGCACUCCAACACUGUCCACGCCGUUCGUCUACUCCUGUGUCCGCACUGUCCAUCCAAUUGGAAGACAGAGUCGGCGCUCAAUCGACACGUCGAGACCAAUCACACAAAUGUUAUGUUCGAUGAAAAAUCCUUAUUAUCAAACCCACUGAUGGAUUAUACAGAAGUUAUCAAUGAAUUACCAAUAAAUGAAAUACACGUUAAUCUAAGCGGUAUUACUGUAGAAGAAGAGGUGUCGAACCACACCAACACUAUUGAACCCGAAGAGCCAUCGAUUGGUAGCAGUUCCAGUGUUCCCAUGGGAGCAGACAAUGUGCGGCCGUAUCGGUGCUCUGUGUGUGGACUUUGCUUCAAACAGUCGUCGCAUUUGAGUCAACACAGUCGGCGACAUACGGGAGAAAAGCCGUUCGCAUGUGAUGUAUGUCUGCGGACUUUUGUCACUCAAAGCGCUCUCAGCACUCAUCGCAACACUCACUCACUUAUUAAGGACUUUUGUUGCGAUGUCUGUCCGGCAAAGUUUGCUUCGAAGAGCUCCGCGCGCCGGCACUCCAACACUGUCCACGCCGUUAGUCUACUCCUGUGUCCGCACUGUCCAUCCAAUUGGAAGACAGAGUCGGCGCUCAAUCGACACGUCGAGACCAAUCACACAAAUGUUAUGUUCGAUGAAAAAUCCUUAUUAUCAAACCCACUGAUGGAUCAGUUGCCUGAAUGUGACAUCAAUGUGUCGCAGAUCCUUGAGUUGUGUCAACAGGAGUCGGACCACACGCUCACCACUAAAGAGUGUGCCGACAGAGGGGCCGAAACACUCAAUGAAAGCUCUUUCGAGAUUAGCACCGAUUCCACCGCAAGUGUUGUUCACUUAAAUAAAUGCGAUUUUUGUUCAAAAAGUUUCAAAAAGCCAUCAGAUCUGGUGAGACAUCGGCGGACACACACCGGCGAGAAGCCAUUCGUGUGCGACAUUUGCAAUAAACGGUUUACUGUGAAGUCGACGCUCGACUGCCAUCUUAUUACUCAUAAAGGCGUUAAGAACUUCAAGUGCGAAGUCUGUAACACUUGUUUCGCCACUAAUGGCAGUCUUAAAGUCCAUCAAAGACUUCACACCGGUCUCAAACCAUUUGAAUGCGAUGUAUGCGGAGAGCGGUUCCGAACGUCCGGUCAUAGGAAGGCACACAUUGCCAAACAUAACAAUCAUAGCAACAAUACUUCAGUCCCAGUAUUACCACGAAUGUCACAAAUGGUGUCUAAAGUGACUCCGACUCCACAAAUUUCUGUACCAGAAGUGAAUCAUACGAUUGGCGGCGAUAUAAUGAUCGCUUUAUCGACGAAUCCGAGCGUCAAUCAAAUGGUCAACACUUGCAAUACAUUUCAGAUGGAAAGCACACUAUUGUCGCAGAUCUUCCAAUUGGAUCCAUUGAUUUUACAACAAUUGCAAUCUCAAGGAUUCAUUAUCACCGAUACAGACGUCACUGAUCUGAACGGCGACACACCGUUGACAGCCAUCGAGACGACCACAGCUCUCUUCUGA